GAUUGGCUUUUUUGAAAUUGAUCAUUUCUGACGCAACAAAUGGAUCAGAUAAAUAUGACAGAUUAUUACAAUGGUUGGGAAGAUGAUAAUACAACUUAUGAAAUGAAUAUGUGGCUAAUUGAUAAUUAUUCAACAAUACACGAUAAUUCAACAUGGCAUACACCAUCAACACAAGCAACAACAUCAGAUUCUGCAGUUGUGACAAUACUGUUGAUCAUUGCAUUAUUGUCUCUUAUCAUUGCCAUUUGUUGUGUAUUGUCCAUCUAUAUUGAUCUUAAACCUAAGGCGACGAAUCUGGAACAUCCAACAGCAACACCGAAAUCAGAAACUUCAUUUUCACAACGAAAACGUCGUUGUCCUGCACCAGAAGAAAUGGUGGAUGGAUAUGAUAUGGAAGCUCCAAGUGAUCCAAGUCAGGUGUUUAAAUCUCGAAAGAAAAGUUAUGAAAAAUUUCAACAUGAAUUUGAAAUGGAUCGAACAAAAUUAUUAGAAAAAAUGGGCGAUGGAACAAUUUUGAUGAAACAAUAAGAAAACUAUUGGGGGGUGGUGGUGGUUCUACCAUGCAAAAUAAACAAAAACCGAAAAAAAUAUAUGAGAAUAAAAUUCUAUUUUUCAAAAAUGAGCGCCAUUUUCUGUAUAAUU